GUUGGAACGAUGUUGGAAUGACAGUUUUGCGCUUAUAGUUGAAUAUAUUAUGAUGUUGGAUGUAUGUAUGGAAGAGAUCACUUGACGUAGGCGGCUGCAUGCGAUUUUUACAAACAAACUCCCUUGCGCCUUGGGAGAGCCCCUGCUCCUCGACAACACAGCAAUUUGUCUGCCGUCUUCCACCUCCCCGAGACACCUGUUAUACCGUCAACAUGGAAUAUUUCGACCCGUUCGCGCGGCCGUGAAAAAAAUCCACAGUACCAAGCGAAGUGCUGAAUACCUUGCAAAACGCAAGCCGUGGUGCACCCACUUGUCCAACUGCCAAUGGAGAUUCUCAUUGCUAUUUUCAAGGAGGUCGAUGAUAUUGACCAGCUUGCUCUCGCAGUGUCUUGCAAGCACCUCCUCCAAGUUUUUACACUUGUUUCUUUGAAAACUAGCAUCUGGCUGAAGGAUAUCCUGGUUCGGCUGCUAAGUCCUACCACGAACGCCCGGAAAAUCUGUUCCGUGUGUACAUUAUACCGACCGACUGGAAAAUCUGUAUCGGUUGCACACAACACCGUCUGCAUCGUCGUGGCAUUUUUUGUUGCCGAAGUGCAUAGCGCCGUUCCAGCAUUCAUGAGAAACAUCCCAUUCUGGAACGUCGCUGAAGUAGGCAACAAACCAUGUAGUUACCACAGCUACCAUAGCACAUGUCAGAAGCCAAUAAAAUAUUAGAAUUUGAGUGAU